AUGAACAAUAAUAGUAAUGAUACACCACCUACUGUCACAGUGACAUCGACUACAUCACCAACAGCUACAGCAACAACGACAGUAUCAUCGACCAAUGCAGUGAUGGCAGAUGAUAAUAUAAGUGAACAUUCAUUGGCAUCAGAGUUUCUUACGACCAACUUGAACCCACCAUUCAAUAAGAAGGGUUCAAUAGAGAUAUAUAGAGACUGCUUCUACGCCAAGCUAACACACGGUCUUACCGCCUACCAAUUGUUUGAGCCGGCCGUGUCAGAGUCGGACCCUUCACAACUCGAACCACGUCUAAUCCGCAACUUCAAACAAAAGACCUCACCAAAGAAGACCAAACUCGUACUCUACAUGCAUGGCAUGUACUGGUGGGGCUUCACCUUCCACAGACUAGUUCAGCCACUCAUUCAAAAGGGAUACACAGUUCUAUUGUUUGACUUUUAUGGAAGAGGCAGGAGCGACUCGCCAGACAUACCUUAUACUUUGGACACAUAUUUGGGACAGGCUAUUGAUUUGAUUGAUUAUCUAUCGGUGGAGAGAGUAUAUUUGAUUGGAUAUUCUAUGGGUGGCGCAGUUGCCACUCACUUUGCUGCUACACAUCCACAACGUAUCAUUCGUCUAUGUCUAAUGGGUCCAGCUAUCAUCCCCGUCAGCAUACCACUAGUCGCCAAACUGAUAACAAUGCCAUAUCUUGGAAAGUUCCUUUUCAAACUGGCUGGUGCUAGCCAACUCAUUCGCUCGGUCGAGAAUGAUAGAUUCAAGAAUGACGUUACUGAUCCAGAAAAGAUUGAUCCAAACAUCAUUGAUGACAUGAUCGAAAAGGUCAAGUGGCAGGUACUUGAAAAGCCAGGCUUCCUUGAUUCCUUCCACAGCACACUGUACAACAACAACUUUGCAAAUGGGCAUCUCCAUUUGCUGCCAAACAUACCCGCGAACCUACCCAUUACCGUCAUUCUUGGCUCCAACGAUGUUGUAAUACCUAUCACUAGUGCCAAGUCGGCGAUCAAACAUCAUCUGCCGCAGGCCACCAUUGUCACUAUUGAGAGUGGGCACGCCUUCCAAGUGGAAGCCCCACAACUACUGAAGGCAGCACUCAUCGAUGAGUAUCUCAAAGAGUCAGCUGUAUGA